UAAUUUAUAAAAGUUCCUUAGAAUGUAUCGUUCAGUAUUUUGAGUGAGCCCUGUACUUUGAAACUUGUUUGUUUAUCGCGGGUCUGCUGUCUGGUUUCCGGAUUUCCUAUGUUUAGACUGCACUGACCGAUUGCAGAGUUCACACGUCACGUGUUCACGUCAUAUUACUACUAAAUAUAAGAAAAAAAUUUAUAAAUAUAAAUCAUGGCUACAAUGGAUGAUUUUUUUAAUAAAGUGCAACGAAAGCAUCCCACUAUUCUUGAUGACUUGAGGGCAAUUUUCAAAACCUCCCAGAGUGAUUCACCGCAGCGAUCAAUAACCCUGUCUCAAAUACGUGCUGCCUACAGUCAACGAACUGGCGAGGAUUUUCCCGUCAAGGGAAGCACGCGAACACAAAUGUGUUUCGUCCUGACAAUCCCUUAUGUCGCCUGUUUUACCAGCCGAAUUGGCACAUUGCGAUUUUUCACCUUUGAUGCAAAUCAGGAAUAAGGAAGGAGAUAUACCCAUAUCUAGUCAUUCGCGUGCAAUUUUCGUAUACAUUUUUCAUAUAAUGCAAUACUUUUAUUUACAAAAUAAACACCUAAAGUAAAGAAGAUUUAAACAAUGAAGGCAUUUUCAUAUACA